GCUCUUGGGCAGCAGGUGGGGUCAGAACAAGGCAGACAGGUGUCACUCUGUCCACCUUCUCUCCUUCCUCCCCUUACCCAACCGCUCUAGUCUCUCUGGGGCCGCAGGUGGUAAUUUAGAGGCCCCUGGGCCUGACCUUAUUUGGUGCUGGCAGCAGAAACAUGACGGCCCAGAGUUUCCUCUUGGUGGCCCUCCUGGCUCUGGGGAUCCAGCUGCCUGCUGCCUCGGGCACGAGGAAGGGAGAGAAACCUGGGGCCUGCCCGCCGGAUGAUGGGCCCUGCUUAGUGGCGCCCGAUCAGUGUGUGGACGACAGCCAGUGUCCAUUAAAGAUGAAGUGCUGCUACCACGCUUGCUUCCGCCAGUGUGUCCACAAGGUCUCAGUGAAGCAGGGCAGCUGCCCCCAGGACCGACUGCGCUGCCUCAGCCCUGUGCAGCAUCUGUGCCACAAGGAUGCAGACUGCUCUGGCACCAAACGAUGCUGCCUCAGCGCCUGUGGCCGGGACUGCAGAAACCCUACCAGAGGCUGAUUCUGGUUUCGGAUCCAUGGCUCCAAGCAUCGGGGUGGGAUUCCCAGCAGGAAGACAUGGUGAUGGGGAGCCCAGGACCUGCCACCCAGACAGUACCACUUCUGCCUGCUGCAGUUCCAACCCUCCGAAAAAUCCUCAUCUGCGGUCACUUCCCCUACAGCCCAUCCAGCCCUGGUUUCUCCUCCUGGGCCCAAGGUCCAUACCCAAACCUCAAAGGACUCCUAUCGCCCUGUCCACUGCCACACUGAGCUUCUUGCCCUUCCUAACACCUACUUUCAUAUCUCUCUGUACAGGUGUUUCUUCCACCUAAAAUGCCUAAUUCAGGGGGACCCUCUUUGGAGUCCUGGGCCCUCCCCCAGGCAGCCCACCCACCCAGAAUGUAUGUUCCAAACACAA